CAGUUGGCUGUCUGGGUGUUUAAUGUUAACACUUUUAACCACCAAAUGUUUCUAACUGUUUCUUAUUAACGAAAUGACGCUGAACAACUUAGUUUAGAAUAGUGGUGAUUUGGUCCGGGCUAUGUACUGGAGACGAAAACAAGUCAAAGACCAGAAUGAAUGUGGGUGUGGCACACAGUGAGGUGAACCCAAAUACACGGGUCAUGAACAGUCGAGGGAUCUGGCUGACCUAUGCACUGGGUGUCGGAAUACUUCACAUUGUGCUCUUGAGCAUUCCCUUCUUCAGUGUGCCAGUGGUGUGGACUCUCACUAAUGUCAUACACAACUUUGGAAUGUAUGUCUUUAUGCAUGCAGUGAAAGGCACACCUUUUGAGACCCCUGACCAAGGAAAAGCCAGACUUCUUACACACUGGGAACAGCUCGACUACGGCGUGCAGUUCACUUCAUCUAGAAAGUUCUUCACCAUCUCCCCAAUCAUUCUAUACUUCCUGGCAAGUUUCUACACAAAGUAUGACACCACACACUUCGUCAUAAACACUGCCUCACUUUUGAGCGUCCUGAUCCCCAAGCUGCCACAACUACACAGAGUGAGAAUUUUCGGCAUCAACAAGUAUUAAGUAAUUGUAAAUGCUAUGCCUCAUAGCAACAGAUGUUAACUCCUGUGUAGUCCAUACCGCCUAAUGUGUGUGCUAAGUCGUACAGUUUGUGUAAACGUCACUGUCGUCGUUUAGAUGUAUCAGGUUUACGAUGAAAUGU